GGCGGGACACCGUCGGGGAAGCACGUCUGCUGGUCCCACUCCCCCCGGGACUACGUCGUAGCUCCACGACAGGGGACGUGAAGCCUAUAUUAGUGUAGUGUGAGCCUAGGGCUGUGUCGGCAGUGGUAAGCCCGCACACACACACGCAACUCUGAUAACACAAGCAAACAUUACCGUUGUAUCAUUUUUGCGAGGCUUGGAAACGCCAGCCAAUGAAGACGUCAGUAACGUCUCUAAGACUUACGUCACUUUGAAGUCUGACAGAAAUGAACUGGUGACCGAAAUGAACAUUAUGCACCUUCCUGGUUAAGGUCCCUGAUAAAACACUGACAGGAGUAACAAGAACAAGCAAAAACAGACUGCGAGGGGGGAAAAAAGCACUCGUAGAAAGCUCAGCGGAAAAAAACAAGAAGGGGACAAACAUUGCAACGGGAGAGGGAAAAAACGGAGAUCUGGUCCCACUGUUUUGACUGUGACAGAGGCGCUGGAAAAUCGUAAAAGAUUGGUAAUAUACAAAAAACACGGGUGAGAGGGCCCUGGAAGGAGGAGGAGGAGGAGGAGGGAGAGGCGAGGAGAAGCGGGAGGAGGAGGAGGAGGAGGAAGAGAGAGAGGAGAGCCAAGGAGGAGGAGGAAGAAGAGGAGGAGGAGGAGGAGUGGUGGAAAGCGGCCAGAGGAGACAUUAAAAUGAGGGGAGGACUGGGAGACCAGGUGGACUCUCUCAACUACGGCGGCAUGGAGACCAUUGUGGAGGACGUGGAGCCUGAGUACGACCUUGAGAAGAUCCAGAAGAAGUAUGGUGACCUGAAGGGCGAGGUGAUCCUGGUGGACCUGCAGAAGGGUGUCAAUGGACUGGGCAUCUCCCUGGCGGGUAACAAGGAUCGUACCCUCAUGUCCGCUUUCGUCUGCGGUCUUAACCCCAGUGGUAACGCCUACAAGGACGGUCGCAUCAAGGUCGGCGAUGAGGUACUUGAGGUGAGUGUCAUGGGGAAGGGGGAGAAGGAUGAGUGUCAUGGGGGGGAGAGGGGAUGAGUGAGUGUCAUAGGG